AUGUAUAACAAUCUUUCAAGUUUAGGAGGAUUCUUAAAGCAUGAUCCCAUCUGGACAAAUGAGCUAUUACUUAUAUCACUUCAACUAAAACGCUUGAAUUGUCUAAUUGAGUGUGCGCAGUUGUCUAGAAUAUCAAGCUCAUUUGAGCAGUUCAUAAAUGCAUUUUUUUUGGAACAAUUAUUUGGUGAUAACCUCAGUCCUGCAACAGGCAAAAUAACAAAAGGACAACGAUUUGUGGACUUCUUUUCAUCCAAGUAUCGUGAUUCCUUUUUAAUGUCUGAAUUCCCUUCUCUUGUGACUCAUAUGAAGCUUUUUAUAAAUGAAGAUGGUGCAUUGAUGCAGAAUGAUUGCAUUUGUAAGAUAUUGUUGAAACACCUAACCAUGUUCUUCCAGGAAAAUGAGACAAUAUCUUUUCAUGCUCAAGACAUAAAGCUUGUUUUCGAUUUUGCAGGAACGUUUUUAAUGAAGAUUUCAGAAAGGAAAAGUUCUUUACUGAAUUUGAAAGAAUAUAAAGUUUGUUCGGACUUGUUUGGAAAGUUUUACGUUCGAUUUAUUGUUAGAUGUACCGAAAAUGAGAUUAAGAAUCCAGGUUCGUCGUUAGACUCUAUUAAAUUUUGUUGCUCCAGAUUGAUGCUUUUUAGAGAAAUGUUAUUUGUGAAGCUUGAUGGAACACAGUUGAAUUCAGUGUUCGCAUCUUUAUUCAAAAACCUGUUACUUCUUGACGUCGAGUUUUUCAGUUUAAUUACCAAUUCCAUGAGAAUGCUUAUAAUAGAAUUAGAUUGCUUCACAAAAUUGCAGAAAGUUUUUUUGGGAAGGUUACCGAAUAAUGCUGUUGAUGAAAUGCAAAGAGCCAUCCACCUAAAUGAUGAGGAUAUGAAAUCCUCAUUAUACUCAAACACAGAUGUGAAAUUGUUUAUGAAUACAUCUUUCAACGAUUCUCUCUCUGCUAUUGAAAAUCAUGAUGUUAAACAAAUGAGUUUUUAUGAUAAGCUAGAUGUAUUGACUCGAAAAGCUGAAUCUGAGCUUGAAGGAAAUGUUGUAAAAAAAUGGAAGUUAAGAUCUAUUCUAAAAGCGAUUAUUGAGGCAGAGUCAAAGAACUUCUACAAGAAUGUGCAAGAUGACAAGAGUGAUCUUAAAUAUUUUGUGAAUAUCUAUGAAAGGUUGUCUACCAGGAUACCCAUUGAACAUUUUCGAAUGAGACCGGUGUUGGAUUUGGCUGAAGGUAGAUACAGAAUGCAUAAUAAGUUUUUACUUAAAUCUGUCAAAAGCUUUGCAAACAAUUCUGAGUAUGAUAGCUUGCCUCAAUUAGUUGUGGAUUGUCAAACUAGUGAUAAUUAUAGUGUUAGUACAAGUGAUUCUUGCAAUAUAAAUGACCUUGAAUGUCAGAUCGACGGUGCACAGUAUGAAUUUGUUUCAGAACAAACUGAUAUGGGCACUUUUACAGAUGAUAAGUACAGGAAAAUUAUGCGAAGUCUUUUUGUCCAUGAUAAAAUCGUCCGGAUUGUUAACGUGACGAGGAUUCUUGGGUUGGAGAUGACCGAAUCAGUUCUUGUUAUUGGACUCACGCAUCUCUAUAUGGUGGAGAAUUACUUUCAUACUUCCGAAGGAGAAAUUGUUGAUAUCACUGAUGUGAAAGCGGCAGAUAGAGAUGCAUAUAUCAAAAUGCUUUUUGGUACGGAGAAUGUAGACUUGAAUCACGGUUUGUCUCAUAGAAUAAUCUCGUGGGAAACAUCAAAACUUAUUUCCGCAUCCAAACGUAAGUUUUUACUUCGGGAUGUUGCUCUUGAAGUUUUCUUCAGUGAUGGAAGUUCUGUUCUUGUUACAUUGUCAAAUAAAGGUCUAAGAGAUUCUCUCUUUAACGAUUUGCAAGCGAGAAUCACGUCCAAACUUAAAGAUAGUGAUCUAGAAGAGGCUAUGUUGUUGGCUUCAAGACAGAAAAUAAUCAAUGUCGGUAAUGAAAAUAUUAAGGGUAUUGGAUCCACCCUUUUUCACGCUCUUAUAAAUGUCGGCCCGGCACCUUCAGCAAGCGCUGCUUUUUCUAAGAUUACAAGAAAGUGGAGGAGAGGUGAGUUAUCAAACUUUUAUUAUCUCAUGCUAAUUAAUACAAUUGCUGGGCGCACAUUCAAUGAUUUAACACAAUAUCCAGUUUUCCCAUUUGUUCUUUCUAAUUAUGAGUCGCAAACUUUGGACUUAAACGAUCCUAACUCUUACAGAGAUCUUUCAAAGCCAAUGGGUGCACAAAGUGAGAAAAGAGCCAAACAAUUUAGAGAGCGAUAUUCGGCAUCCAAGGAAAUGGCCCCAGAUGUUCCACCGGCAUAUUACGGAACACAUUACUCUUCUGCGAUGGUUGUUGCUUCGUAUUUGAUACGUUUGCAGCCAUUUGUUCGAUCAUAUUUGUUGUUGCAAGGUGGAAAUUUUGAUCAUGCGGACAGGUUGUUUUAUUCAGUACAGAAAACUUGGAAAAGUGCAUCCGAGGAUAAUACUUCGGAUGUUCGAGAACUUAUCCCUGAGUUUUACUAUCUUCCGGAGUUUCUCGAGAAUCUGAAUGGCUUUGACUUUGGUUGCCUACAAACAGGAGAGCCGGUUAAUGAUGUCAUACUUCCUCCGUGGGCAAAAGGCAGUGCAACCGUAUUUGUUCAAAAAAUGAGAGAAGCACUGGAAUCAGAUUAUGUUUCAGCACACUUACCUGAAUGGAUAGAUCUUGUAUUUGGAUAUAAGCAAAGGGGUGAGGCCGCAGUUCAGUCUUUGAAUGUAUUCCAUCAUCUUAGUUAUGCGGGUGCGAUAGAUUUAGAUAAGAUUGAAGAUGAGAGAGAAAAAGCUGUCAUUAUUGCAACGAUUCACAACUUUGGCCAAACGCCAUUACAAAUAUUUUAUCGUCCUCACCCCAGGAAAUGGAAGUCAACCCCGCAUAUCAAAUUCGACCAAUGUUCGUUUGACAAUACUCCGAUUAGAAAGAUGAAUACAACGGUUAAUAAUUCCUCGAAAAAGUUGUAUGAAUUGGUGUUUGAUGCUAAGUCUAGAAGGUGGUUAGUCGGCUCUAAUGAACGCUUAAUAUAUGGUGAUACAGUUAUCGAAAGAUUUUCUUCCUAUGGACUACUUAUAAAUGGUAAACUACUUUCUGAGCGGCUGACGGCAAGUAAGGUUACACGAAUUUAUUUCAUAGCAAAUGAUAGAGUGAUUAUAGUUGGAUUUGCAGCCGGAUAUAUGAUUGCCUAUAAGUUAACAACCGACUCGAUGGAUGGAGUUAUAAACUCACAAAAAUCAGCCGUUCAGCAUUCUCAAGUUGCUUCAACCGAAACUGCAAAUUCAAAACGUCUGCAAUUGCAGCCAAUCGCAGUUCUCAGAGGACAUACUGAUUUUAUCAAAAUGAUCUCUGUUUCGUACUAUAAUCAUGUUCUUCUUAGUAGAAGUGCAAACGGUCAAGUGUUUCUCUGGGAUUUGUCAGAUUACACAAUGAUCCGCAAAAUCGGUUCGGGUAAUGAAUUCUUGGCUGCAAUUUCAAAUGAAGACGGUUAUAUUGCCACUGUCGACAAAUCAAAUCAUCUCAAGAUCUUCACAAUUAAUGGUAAGCCGAUCAGCCAAGUACAACUGAAUGUUGGUGCAACAGCUUUAAGUUUUUCUGACUUUAACUUGCCCGAAGACUCCAAAACAAGCAAUAUUCCUUGGAAUAAUAUAGCAUUGGUCUGUGUCGGUUUUUCUGAUGGUACGGUGAGGAUCUAUGAGCUUGUGCUCGAAAAAGAAGAUGGUUGGAGAAUUAAGGAAGUAACUAAAGAGAAAGUGUCCGGAAUUGUAACAUCACUAGAGUUGAAGCUUGAUCUUUCAUUAAAUGGCGAUGGAAAUAAAGUUGGAAGAGCACAUUUGUUUGCUGUAAACAAUGAGGGUGAAUUGUUCGAACGAUAG